AUGUAAACAUUUCAUCUGAAAUUAAAUAUUAUUGAUCAUAUAUAUAAAAAUUCAUUAUUUGCCAACUUAAACUUUAUGGAUUAUAUUGAUUAUGCAGAGAUAAGAUUUUCAUUUAUAGGAGUACGAAAGCAUUUUUUCUCAGAUAAAUAAUAUUAUGUUUCUGUUUUUGAUGAUUGCUUUAUUAUGGGCACAACAUCCAAUACAUAACAGCCAAAGUACACAAUUAAGUUUGGUUUCGCUACAAAAAUUAGAUGGAACCUUAAAAAAACUAAAUAAGGACUCAUAAUAGAUUCGUUUAGUUUUCCCUAUAAGUAAGAGUUGAAAGCACUUAGUGCAAAUCACGAUAAUUUGAUUAAGUUCAAAGAAUUGAUAAGUUUGAAAGUGACUUUUGAUAACAUAAAUGAUUUGUAUUAACCUCUCACCCAAAUAGGAAAAGGAAUUUCAGCCAAGGUUUAUAGCGCAACAUACAAACUGGACUCAAAGAUUUAUGCAAUUAAAGCAAUCGAAAAAGCAUUUUUAAAGCAGCAAAAUGAAUCUGGCUAAGCAGCCUUCAAAAUGGAGGUUUCCGUUUUAAAAACGUUGGCCAAAUACCCAGAAAACUUUUUAACACUGAAAGAAAUUUACGAAGGCGAUUAAGUCCAUUGCUUGGUCACUUCUUAUUUAGAAGGAUCAAGUUUAACUUAAGAAUUCGAUCGUUUAAAAGCUGCAGAGAUGUAUCGAUUCCCUAUUCAUUAUGCAAAAAUUAUAAUGAAAAAAUUGCUAACUAAUUUAGCAGUACUGCAUUAACAUAAAAUAAUACAUAGGGAUUUGAAGCCUGAUAAUUUAAUGUUCUCCAAAAAAAAUGACUAUUCGACAUUAGUCUUAGUGGAUUUUGGACUAGCAACUUCUGAAUCCAUGGAAAAGUUUUUAUUUCCAAAAUGUGGUACUCCUGGCUAUGUUGCACCUGAGAUUUUGACUUUGAAACCUUAUAGCAAAUACACAACAAAAGUUGAUAUAUUUAGUUGUGGAUGCAUUUUUUAUAAAUUACUGACUGGGAAAAAUUUAUUUGGAGGUAUCUCUUUCGAUGAGGCACUCAAAUAAAACAGAAUGUGUUAAAUAGAAUUCAAUAUUCCACUUGAUUAGCAAUAUAUUACAGAACAAUCUAUUAAUUUAUUAUAGCAGAUGCUAAUGAAGAAUCCUAAAUUUAGGAUCAGUGCUAAAGAUGCUCUAUCUCAUCCUUUUUUUGAUUAGAAUCUUGACUAAAAUAUCUUUUAAUAGGUCGGAAUUUUUUCACCUAAAAGGUCAACAAAGACUUUAUUAAACAUCAAGCAAGAAGAGCAAUAGUCUGAUGUGGAUAGUUACUAAGAGGAUAAGAUAAGCAAUGAGAAACAAGUUGAAGAAUCAAACUUUAUUUAAAUACCAAAGAGUAAGAGAUGCUCUUUGAUGGGGGAUUUCUCUUAAUUAUCUUAAUCCCCUUCAAAGUUAUUACUUGAUAUUCAUUAAUUUUACUAAAAAGAUCCACUAUCUGGGAUUAGGUGCAUAAAGGUCACUUAAAGCCCUUAAGUAUCUUAAGUAUUAGAAUGA